AUCAAUGCUACGCGAUCGUAUUUAUAUUUACAAUCGUUCAUUGAGAGGAUCUCGAGUGGAGGAAAAGCUAUCGAGUUGAUUACGGUUCCUUUGUCUAGAGACUUUAGACUUAGAGUGAGAAUGAAUAAUGGCAGAACUUAGAAUUUGUGUAAGUACAUGGAAUGUGGCGAUCCAGGAACCACCUCCCAUCGAAGCCUUCAAGGACAUAAUAUGGAUUCAGACUCAGAAUGCUCCCGACAUGUACAUCUGGGGCCUGCAGGAGGUCAGUUCUAAGCCUCAUGAGUUCAUACAGAGUGCCUUCUCCGAUGACCCCUGGACGGAGGUCAUCUCAAGCAUAGUGUGCCCUAAGGGUUAUGUCAUGAUCAACUCUGUAAGACUUCAAGGUCUGGUUAUAUUACUGUACGUGAGAAUGCCACAUCUUCCCUUCAUUCAUAAUGUUCAGACAGCACUCACAAGGACUGGAUUAGGAGGGGUCUGGGGUAAUAAAGGUGCAGUAACCAUUCGCUUUGACUGCUAUGGUCGGAGCAUCUGUCUUCUCAACGUACAUCUUUCACCUCACCAAGACGGCUGGGAGAAGAGAGAUAAAGAGUUCCAGACCAUCAUCUCAACUCAAGAAUUUCCACAGUGCAAUACAUCCUCAAUUCUAGACCAUGACUACGUUAUGUGGUUUGGCGAUCUGAACUAUCGGAUAGAAGACCUUUCGACGGAGGCCAUUAAAUUCCUGGCAUCCCCAAAGAAACUUCAUGUUCUGCUGGAGAAAGAUCAGCUCCUGAACAGCAUGAGAAAAAAGAAAGCAUUCAACGGAUUUCAUGAGGGACUCAUCACUUUCAUGCCCACAUAUAAAUUUGAUUUGAAAUCAAAUGAAUAUGAUACCAGUCCUAAACAGAGAUCGCCUGCCUGGACCGAUAGGAUCUUAUGGAAGGUCAACCUACGUGCCAGCAUAGAUCAGAACUACCUGAGCAUAACACAACUCUCCUACCAUGCACACUCAGAUAUACUCUGGAGUGACCAUCGACCCGUCAGUGCCGAGUUUCUUGCCAAGAUAACAAUAGAGGAUGCCCAGCCUUUGGUAUCGUUCACACCCGUUGAGUCAUGGAGUAGAGGGCAGGAUGCAGAGUGUUCAUAUACGGUCUUACCUGACACAAAAACAAGCAACUGGGACUGGGUUGGACUUUACAAGGUUGGGUUCAACACCGCCCAGAAGCAUUACCUCACCUACGUAUGGGCCGACUCCAACGGCGAGAGUAGCUCUGGUCUUGGUAAAGUGAGGUUUGGUGCCAGCUACUUCCCUGAAGAUACCUGUAGUAAAUACGUGCUCUGCUAUGUGAGCCGUACCAUGUCCUGUGUGCUUGGAGUCAGUAACGUAUUCAGGAUUCUCCCAUCUGAUGCGGAAGAACGUCAGUUGCAGCAAAACCAAGCCUUGGCCAGUAGUUUGAACUACCAAACCCCAAUGUGAGUUGUGCAAAACAAAUGUUAGCACUUUAACGCCAGCGGUGAGGAUUUUAAACACCAAAAUGAGGACGUACACACCCUCUGUCAGUAAGUCAACACACAUACAGGGUGGGUGUACAUCAAGCACGAAGCACAUCAAACACUGAAAAUACCACGGUGAGAUAGAGUGAGACAGAGGGACAGGGAGGGAGGGAGGGA